AUGAAUAUGUUUCCUGUAGGUUAUAUGUUUGACAAGGAUGGUCUUAUAAGGAGAUGGAUCGAUCAUGGGCUAUUUAUUCCAAAAGUUGAUGACCAUCUCUCCGUUUUGGAUGAACGUCUGGAAAAAGCAGAGGAGUGUUUUUCCAUGCUCACCAACAGGAAUGUCAUCACCAGAGUAUCAACCAACAAAUGUAAUCAUGUCGUGGAGGAGAACUGCCAUUGGCAAGUCAAUUAUUUCAUGCAACAGUUCCUUGCCUCCAAAGCAGCUGAGAAAGGACUGUCUUUUACCAGUGGCACGCUCACCUCGGAAGGAACACAAGGAAGGGAGACAUUACGGCGUCUGUCCCUCCACCAGCCUGAUCCGGUGCUCCCAGCGCAGCUGCGGAAAAUGGAUUUAUCGCACACCCGUGCACUGGCUAUCUCUGGUAAAGUGGACGGAAUCCCUCUUGACAAGUUUAGUCAUUUGUUGUCGCUAGACCUUGAAGGUUGGCAGUGCUUCAAGGACAAAGACAUGUUGCUGAUAUGCAAAAUGUUCUUCCUCCAGCAUCUGAUCCUGAGGAAAACCACGGGGGUCACCAAACUCCCACCUGAGAUCAAGGAGCUGCGACACCUUCGUACGCUGGAUAAAUUUAAGCUGACAGGUGGAAGAUUUACCAGGCUACCCCAAUGGUGCCAUCGUCUCGACAGACUGACCUUCAUAGAAAUCACGGUCUGCACGCUACUGCCUGGUGAUCUUGGUAUCCUGGCCAACUUGCCCGAAUUGGAGUGUCUUGUGCUAGGCCUGCACUUCAUUCCAGAGGUAGAGAUAGUGAUUGACGGGGAGGGGUUCGCGAAGCUUGACAGAUUGUCCUUCACCUGCCGUGUUCCAUGGCUUAAUUUUAGCAAAGGAGCUAUGCCAUCGCUCACAUAUCUUGAACUGAAAAUUGCUGGAAGCCCACCAAGUCGAGAGAGCGUGCCUUCAGGUAUCAGCAACCUCAGGCUCCUGUCAGAUGUUGCCAUCCGUUACCAUCCAAAUUACACAAACAGCCCCAGCGUGAAGAUGACAGUCGACGCAGUGAGGAAAGGAGUCGCCGAGCAUCGUAUGCCGAUCCACCUCUUCAUUAACGGCAUCGAAGACCAGGAGGAGUAUGUCCAGGCAGUUGAAGAAGAGGUUGUAGCGAGGGCCAGCACAAGUCGUCACAGCGAAAUUGAAGAGGAAGAGUGA